CACUACAACUGCUUUUGUGAGCAAAUCUUGUCCUGCCUAGUAACAGUUGCUAGGUAUGAGGUUGGUUUAAGGCUGUAAGAGGUCAGUUAAUAAAUCCUCUCCCAUCAUCAGUCCGCAUUAUGUUAUUGAGCUCCUUACCACAUGUGCUUCUUAACCUGCAGACAAAUGUUUUAGACAUCAUCCUAAUGGUGAAUGAUUUUAUCUUUUAACUGGACUGCAUGUUUUCUAUAGUAACAGUAAGCAUUUUGUCUGCAAGGAUUAGGGCAGUUUGGACAUUUUAGUAACAACCUUGAAUAUUUUAUACAACCAUGAUUAGAAAUCCAGAUUUGAGCUCCUUUGUUUGUUGUGCUGUAUGCUCAAAAAUAAUACCACCACCACCUACACCUGCUACUUUUGAACGGAUUCGGGAGUAUAAGCCUUACAAAACGCGGUAUUACACUCAUCGGGAUAUAUUAGAUCUUGGGGCAGAUCUUCAACAAGAACAAUGUGAAAAAAAGGAAUUAGAAGUAAAAGAACGGAUUGAAAAAAUUAAAGCCGAACUAUGGUCUCAGGCUAAAGAGGAAAAAGAAGAUGCAGUGGAACAAGCCCUUGAUCAGGCAACUGCUGAACACAACAGUUUCUUGGAAGACCUAAAAAAAAAGCACGAAAAGGAACUAAAGGAAGUGGUGAUAAAAAAGAAGAGAGAGAUGCAGCGGCACCUGGAAGAUGAGCUGAAGAGGGAAUCUGAAGCUGCAGAGCAGCGCAUGGCUCACAAACUUCAGCGCAUCCUGAUGGAGUGUGCUUUGGAAAAGAUGCACGCUGUAGCUGAUGCCAGAAAACAGGAGAGGCAGACAGCAUCCCAAGCAAUGGCCACGCUGAAAAAAAAGUACACAGAACAACUCCUGGAAGCUGGGGUAUUGGCUAACAAAAUACAUCAGAAGAACCUGGAUCAAUUAAAAAAAGAAAAACAUUAUGAAAUGAGUGUUGCCUUGGACAUCACUCAAAAAGAGAAACAAGAGGAGGCUGAAAAACAGCUCAAAGAAGCAGAGAUAACACAUCAGGCCAUAUAUGGAGAAGUGACGACCAGCCUGAGAGAGACGGAAGCUCAAGUACAGACUCUUACCCAACAGCUGGAAAGCAUGACAGCUUGGAAAGACAACCUGGAAGCUGAAAUAGAAGGAACAAGACAAUCUUUUCAAAACUACAUUGAUAUUACGUUUCCUAAGCUGACCCCAGGACAAGCAGAUUUUAUCCUGCCAUUCAGAAAGAGAUUUGAACACAGGGAUAUAAAAAAUGAAGCAACAGAUAAUGACAAGGAACAUAAAGACAGGAUCGAUGUGAGAUUUACUGCUAGUGCAGAUCAGCAUUUCCAAUAGGUAAUGCUGAAAAUUAAAUCAAUUUCUGUUCA